AUGAAGGCCCCGGCGCACGCUCGUCUUCGGAUUUUGUUGCUACAUCACACCAACGCAUUAACCAUCGUGGCCUUGGGCUUCUUCUCGUUCUGGUACGUUCGGUUGCGCAGAGGCAUACAGGAUACACCAUGCAACGCGUUGCUCGCACAAAAGAUCCUCCGCACAGCGCCGCGAGAGAUCUCCGAUGGAAGGAUAACAAAACUGAACUUGAUGCGCAACGCUAUUGACGAUGCUCUGCUGCUCGAGCUAGUAGCUGAGAUGCCGAGCUCUCUUCUCGCUGGUCUGCAGGUCCUCGAGCUGAGCCACAACCGCAUUGGAGACACAGGCCUUGCCGCGCUGCUUCAUGAGCUCACAAGCACAAAAGCGCCAUUGCUCCAGAAAUUAUGGCUCGACAGCAACGUGAUUACACACGACGGCGCGGAACACAUUCGGUCCUGGCUUGCAUCAAAUUUCAAUAUCGCCACGCUUGGACUGAGUGACAACCACUUGUGCGACGCUGGGGCAGUUGCUAUCUGUGCGGCGCUCCAGAGCAACAGCUCCCUUACGGAGCUUCGGCUGAAGGGCAAUAGCAUUAGUGAUGCGGCAGCCGAUGGACUUAUGUCGGUGCUGCGCAACUCACAGAAUACCUCGCUCCGCCGGUUAUUCCUCGAACGCAACGCGUUUAGCGAGGUCGUUCAGGCGCAGCUUCGCGAUGCUGUCCCAGUGCAAUUGAGACUCGAUAUGCAGCAGCAAUUCCCCAUUGGCCCGGCUUUGUUAAUAUACGUUUGCAGCCCGGAGACGAACAAGUUGCCGCAAGCGCAGAAUGAGGUGGCCCAGCUCAUGAAGCUAGUGCGCAACACGCACAGCUCCCUAGCAGGCACCGCGAGAACGUUGCAGUUGCAGCUCAACAACACGCCGCCGCGUUGGUUCCUUUUCUGUGGCCACGCGGACGAAGACUGGGAGGCUGCCAGCGUCUGGAGUUGGUCUUCAUCAAUGGUUGUUCAUCGCACGGGCUUGGCUUGGAGCUUCGGAAGGCAGGCGUGCCCGUGGUCGUUUGCUGGCAAACAGCGGUACUGGAUCUAG